GAUACAGACUGGAACAGAAACCUGCCGCUGGUAAUCCAAGCCAGGGGCUUGAUUACCCAUAGACUGGAGAUUGGAGCAAGUCGUCAAGAUUUGCUGAACGAACAGAGGUUCUUGAGGGCAGGAAGUCCUGUCAAUUCGUUGAUGUGGAUGUUCCACAAUUCAAUGGUGAGGGAGCUGGAAGUCCAGCUGCGUGCCCUGUCUACCUAUGACAGUAGGGAGGAUAGGGCUGGAGUCUCGGACGAGGAGAACUAG